CGGUGCCCCCGCUCCGCCUCCUCGCCCAGCCAGCCAGCCGGCCUCGCCCGCCCGCCCGCCCUCCCUCUACGCGAGCCCGGGGAUCGGAGCGGCGCGCCAGGCCCCAGGUUCCCACAGAGAUUUUCUGGAAGAAGGGGCUGGGACCACAAGGUGACCGCCGGAAUGUCUGGCCUGCUUUGGUCUGAUGUGUCUCAAAGCAUGUCAGAGACCUGGUCCCAGCAGCCGCCACCCCCCCAGCAGCCCCCCCACCACGGGGCCACGGCCGCCCUUCCUGAGCACCCCAUCCCGCCCAGUGCGGUGACCGAGAACCCUUUGGGCUGCGCCGUCUAUGGUAUCCUCCUGCAGCCGGAGCCCAGCGGGUUGCAGCACCCACCCAUCCCUGCCAGCGGUGGAGGAGAGGCCUCUCCCAAAUGUGGGGUUUGUGGGCACGACCUGUCUCACCUCUCCAACCCCCAGGAGCACCAGUGCCUACAAGGCGGCCACGACCGCUCCUUCCAGUGCACUCAGUGCAUGAAGGUUUUCCACCAGGCCACGGACCUCCUGGAGCACCAGUGCCUGCAGGUGGAGCAGAAGCCCUUCGUCUGCGGUGUCUGCAAGAUGGGCUUCUCCCUGCUCACCUCGCUGGCCCAGCACCACAGCGUCCAUAAUGGCAACACGGCCGUCAAGUGCUCCAUCUGUGAAAAGACCUACAAGGCGGCCGCGGCGGCAGUGGCAGCUCCCGAGGAGCCGGCCCCCCCACAGCAGCCAGCGGCCCUCAACCGGGCCCCCGCGGAGAAGCCAUACAGCUGCUCCAUCUGCCAGAAGCCCUUCAAGCACCUCUCGGAGCUGUCGCGGCACGAGCGGGUGCACACCGGGGAGAAGCCCUACAAGUGCAGCCUGUGCGAGAAGAGCUUCAGCCAGUCCUCGCACCUGGUGCACCACAAGCGCACACACAGCGCCGAGCGGCCCUACAAGUGCACCGUGUGCGAGAAGGCCUUCAAGCACCGCUCCCACUUGGUGCGCCACAUGUACGCUCACUCGGGCGAGGCCCACCUCUUCCGCUGCAACGUCUGCGAGUUGCACUUCAAAGAGUCCUCGGAGCUGCUGCAGCACCCCUGCACGCCCAGCGGUGAGCGGCCCUUCCGCUGUGCGGCUUGCCACAAGGCCUUCCGGCGGCCCUCGGACCUCCGGCAGCACGAGCGCACCCACAGCACGGAGCGCCCCUUUCAGUGCGACCUCUGCCCGAUGAGCUUCAAGCAACAGUAUGCGCUCAUGCGCCACCGCCGCACUCACAAGGCCGUGGUCCCCGCCCCUCCUUCCGAGCAGGAGGCCGCCCCGCUGCCCUUCAAGUGCUCCCUGUGUGAGAAGGGCUUUGUGCAGCCAGCGCACCUGCUCUACCACCAGCACGUCCAUGGCAUCGAGAAUCUCUUCAAGUGCAACGCCUGCCAGAAGGGCUUCAGCCAGUCCUCCGAGCUGCUGCGCCACCGCUGCGUGCAGAGCGCGGAGCGGCCCUUCAAGUGCACGGCCUGCAGCAAGGCCUACAAGCGGGCCUCCGCCUUGCAGAAGCACCAGCUGGCUUCGCACUGUGCCGAGAAGCCCCUCCGCUGCACCCUGUGUGAACGGCGCUUCUUCUCCUCCUCGGAGUUUGUGCAGCACCGCUGCGACCCUGCCCGGGAGCGGCCCCUGAAGUGCCCGGACUGCCAGAAGCGCUUCAAGUACGCCUCCGACCUGCAGCGCCACCGGCGUGUCCACACGGGGGAAAAGCCGUACAAGUGCCCCUCCUGUGAGAAGGCCUUCAAGCAGCGGGAGCACCUGAACAAGCACCACGGGGUCCACACCCGGGAGCAGCACUACAAGUGCAUGUGGUGUGGCGAGCGCUUCCUGGACCUGGGCCUGCUGCAGGAGCACAGCGCGCAGCACACCUCCACAGAAGGCACUUACACGGUGGCCCCCUGCCUGCCCUGAGCGGUGCCAAGCGCAGCCCUCG